CCAGUGAGCUGCCUGUUGUACCGACCUGAGAGCCUGGGGAGCGGGCUGCAGCCCCUGGGUGCUGAGAAGGGCAAGGACAGCCUCAUGCGGGAGCUGCUGAUGGCGAGGGAGAAGUGGACCGGCCUGCCGCCGGCUCUGGGGCACCCCUUCCCGGUGAAAAAGCCAGUGGCGGUGAACAAGGUGGCCCCCCUGGCUGUCCCCAAGCCAGUGUACAGAGCCCCGGCGUGCUUCGUGGACCCCAGGAUGGCUCUGCCACUGGGACCCCGGGCAGAGAGCCUGCAGCAGAGGCCAGGGAAUGCAGACUGGACUCUGCCUGCCACCGCCAACCACCCUCUCCACCCCAGCGAGCCCUGCAGCGGCACUGGACUGCACAAGAGGGGUCCCCACUCCAACCCCAGCCUCCCACCACCGCACCCCAGCCUGGCGCCGCCCACCAAGGAGAAGGUGGGCUCCCCAGUCGCCUUCUCCCCUUACUAUGCAGCCUUUGAGAAAUACAGGGGACCCCCCCGUACCCCUUUCCUGGAAGCCAGCUGCCCCACUGCCCACAGCCAGAGGAAGGUGCCCGAGGUCCCCAGCCUCAGCUCGGACCCCUGGCUCAAGCUCCAGCCGCCUGCCGCCAGCCCGGCGUACCGGGAGAGGCCACCGGCAUGCUACCCACACACCCACUACCCGCUGCCCCUCCACAAGGCUGCCCUCCUCUACCACCCUCCGGCUCCCACCCUGGAGGUGCAGCCCAGCACCCUGCCUGGCGCCUACAAAGGCUUUGGCUUUGCGGGAAGCAGGGAGCCCUUUCCCAGCGCUUACCUUAAGCCCCAAGCCCCAAGGAGCUACUUUCCCAGCCCCGUGGACACCUAUGUGCCAAGAGCAGAUGGUUGCAGUACGGUGGCAUCACCGCCUGCCAAGUCGGCGGCACUGCCAAGGGAUGCCGAGCAGCCACGGCGAGCCGGCUACUUGCCAAGCCCUGGCUUUGCCUUCAGCCCCGGUGACACAGCCGUACCUGGCAGCUCCUUGGCCGGCAGGGAGCCGGGCUGCCGGCAGCACCGGGCGGACAGUCCCCAGCGGCGAGCAGUGGGGAGGCACAACAGUGCUUUCCAACCCGUCUGCGUCCUGGAGAAGGCUCCUGGGGGCUCUGGUGGGCUGGCAGAGACCUUUCCCAAAGGAGAAGGGGGCUGGGUGAAGGCCAGCCAGGGGGAGCAGGACCCCCCCUACCCAGGGAGGAGGAGGGCCAGCCCGGCCCCCCAGGAGACCCCCCGUGGGGAACUGCCGGCUCCCAUCAUCGCAGGGAAGGGAGGUGCCUGCAAGGUCAAGGAGGCAGCCAAGGAGCUCAUCCCCCCUUCUCCGGCUGCCUCCCCCCCGGAGGGGCCAAAAGUCCCGAGAGACACCGAGGUUUCUCCUUCCUCCCCGCCCAUGCCAGUGAUCAACAACGUCUUCAGCCUGGCACCUUACCAAGACUACCUGGAGGGCACCGAGGGCUCAGCCCAGGUCCCCUUCUCCAGGGAGCGUCUGCGGGGGGACACCCCACCCCAAAUCACAGGGAGCAGCCGUGAGCCUGCUGCCCUUGGAGACGUGGCGGUGAUGCCCAGCCUGCUGCCUGUGGGGACGGGGCCCGGCCAGGCGCUGAAGACAGGCAGCGGUGCGGUCCAGAGCCAAGGGGAAAGCUGUUAUGGAAGAGUCCCUGAAAAGCCAAAGCUUGUGCCCCAAGACCCAGGGUCUCACGGGGGCAGCCCUGGCAGGGCAGGGAGUGGGGAGCUAGCCCCUGAGAGCAUCGCCCUGGACCUCAGCUUGAAGAAGAGGCUGGCAAAAGCCAGGGAGACCCAGGGACCCAUCAGAUGCACAGAGGGGAUGCCGGAGGUGGAGGAGGAGAAAGAGGGUCUGGGGGGGAAGGUGAGGGUGGGAGAGGGGGCCAAGCCCCGGGCGCUGCCCUUGCUGCUGGAGGUGGGCUCAGGGGACAAGAGCAACUUCCAGAGCUCAGCCACCUUCAUGUUCAAAAAAUACAAGAACCUGCAGCAGCCCACGAUGCCCGAAGCCCCCUGCGUGCCAGGAGAGGAGGGCGUCUUGCUGCCCAGGCACUGCGAGGCCCCUGCCCUGCAGACCUCCGCCAGCCAGUAUUUCACCACCCUGCAUACCUCGCUCUGUGACAUUAUUGCGUGCUCGGUGUCCAGGUCCUCCCCGGAGCUCUUGCGGGAGUGGUUGAAGAAGGCAGAGCUGGCAGAGGAGCUGGGAGAGAUGCCCAAAUCCCCCCCCAAGCCCAAGAAUGGCUCCAAGAUCCCUGAACCUCAGAAGCCCACCAAAGGCAAGGAGAUCUGGUUGGCUUUCCAGGACGUGGCUGCUCUCCUCACCAACCUGCUCUCUCAGCUGGAGACCUUCAUGUUCGCUCGCAAGUGUCCUUUUCCCCACGUAGUCCGGGCAGGGGCUGUCUUCAUCCCCAUCCACGUGGUGAAGGAGAAGCUCUUCCCCAAGCUCCCAGGGACCUCUGUUGACCAAGUGCUGCAGGAGCACAAGGUGGAGCUGCGCCCCACCACGCUCUCGGAGGAGAGGCAUCUGAGGGACCUGGAGCUGAAGAGCUGCACGUCACGCAUGCUGAAGCUCCUGGCCCUCAAGCAGCUCCCUGACAUCUACCCGGACCACUGGCACAACUCCAUCAGGCAGCAGCUCGUGACAGUCCCGCCACCCUCCUCUCCCCAGAGCGAUGCCCUUUGGCUGCUGCUCCGGGCCAUUGCCAACAACGUUAUUUCUUACAGGUUCGAGCCCGCAGGCUGGCCAGCGUCCCUCCAAGUAGGUAACUCCUCUUCUCUGCGCGCGUGA